UUAUUAUUUUGAAUUAGAUCCACAUCAAUCUUUUAAUAAAUUAAUUAAACAAAUUGAUUUAUUAUGUACAAAUAUAAAAACAAAUUCAUAUUAUCCAUAUCAACAAUUAAUAUCAUAUGUUAGAAAAUUUACUGAUGAACAAUAUCCAUUUAAUCAAAUAGCUAUUCGUCUUAUUAUUGAUGAUGAACAUUGGACGCUUGAUCCAUCAAAUAAUCUUAUAUUAAAACAAAUUUAUUUAACAAAUCAUCAAUUAUUUCCAAGAUCUAAUAAAUUAACACCAAUUAAUUUAACAUUAAAUAUAAU